GCAAAAGAAGAAUUUUGUCUCAGCUCCACGUUUUGACAUUCCUCUUUUUCCCUGACAAACAACAAACAGUUGAUUUUUCUUACCACCGGCGAUUCACACAGAGGAGAGAGAGAGAGAGAAAGAAAUUGAAGAAAUGUCAUUUUCAUUCUUCAAAGCUCGCCCAAAAACUCCUCAAGAGGUAAUGAGGGCCACCAAAGAUAGUCUCUUGGCCCUUGACACUCCUACCAUUGCCGAAGUUAAAGCCCUUGAAAAGGCGUUGGAAGAAGUAGGAAGAAACCUCUCAACAAUGAGGUUGAUGCUUUGUGGAGAUGGCGAAUCUGAGCCAAGCACAGAUCAGAUUCUGCAGCUUGCGCUUGAAAUAUGUAAAGAAGAUGUUAUCCCUCUUCUAGUUCACAAAUUACAUUUGUUUGGUUGGCAAGCGAGAAAAGAUUUAGUCUUAUGUUGGUCUGUAUUGUUGAAGCAACAAGUGGAAGAGACAUAUUGCUGUCUGGAAUACAUAGAGAAUCAUUUGGAGUUGCUUGACUUCCUUGUUGUCUGCUAUGAUAACAAAGAUGCUGCCUUGACCUGUGGUAACAUGUUGAGGGAGUGCAUCAAAUUUGACACACUUGCAAAAUACAUAUUGGAAUCUACAAGCUUUGAGUUGUUCUUCAAGUAUGUAGAACUUCCCAACUUUGAUGUCGCUUCCGAUGCAUUUGCUACAUUCAAGGAUUUGCUGACUAAACAUAGUAAAGAAGUUGCUGAAUAUCUGACAUCUCACUAUAAUGAGUUCUUUGAAAUGUAUGAACCACUUUUAACAUCCGCAAACUAUGUGACAAGAAGACAAUCACUAAAGCUCCUCUCAGAUUUUCUUUUGGAGCCGCCAAAUUCACACAUAAUGAAGCAGUAUAUCCUAGAGAUUCGUUACCUGAAAGUCAUCAUGACAUUAUUGAAGGAUUCCAGUAAAAAUAUCCAGCUUUCUGCUUUUCACAUAUUCAAGGUGUUUGUGGCAAACCCUAACAAGACACACGAAAUCAAAAUUAUCUUGGCGAAAAAUUGUGAAAAGUUGUUAGAUCUUUUGCGGAGUCUUUCUGUUGGAAAAGGUUCUGAGGAUGAGCAAUUUGAAGAGGAAAAGGAAAUGAUAAUGAAGGAAAUUGAAAGAGUAUCACGAUUCAUUAAUCGUGAUCGUGACCGUGUUCGUUAAUUGUGUCUGUAUAUUUUUUGUAUCUUCCUCAUUCGCCAUUUCUGUUAGUUUGAAAAACUAGUGCCUGUGAGAAUGCAGCAUGGAGUUUUUCAAUUAAAAUGUUCUUCAGUGUCCAUAAUCUAUGUAUGACAUUAUAUAUGCAUGUAAUUUUUGACGAGUUUGGAACGCUUCGUAUGUAACUUUGUGUUUUCGUCAGAAAUGAAAACAAAAAACAAAAGAUUUACAGA